CGCCUUCUCUUCUACGCGAUUGGCUACCAGGAUGACGCUCGGCGAACAACGCGGGCCUCCCAUUGGCCAGGUGACCUUGGCACCGCCCUCCAGACCCAUGCAAGAUGGCAGCGCGACACGAUCCGAGGUGGCCGCGUUUGUUACUGUGGAGCUUGUGGCGGGGUCGGGGGCCCCCGCCAAGUCGGGUGUCCUGCCACGGCUUAGAAGCGAGGACUUACUCCCGGGGCGACGGCCCGUACUCGCGCACGGCGCUGUAUGAGCUGCUCGGCGUCCCGCCCACGGCGACGCAGGCGCAAAUCAAGGCCGCCUACUACCGGCAAAGCUUCCUCUACCACCCGGACCGCAACGCGGGGAGCGCCGAGGCCGCCGAGCGCUUCACGCGUAUCUCCCAGGCCUACGUGGUGCUGGGCAGCGCCCCCUGGGAGCAGCUGGAGCGGGAGCGCCGCCUGCGGGCCCGGCGGGAGGCCCUGCGCAAGCAGCAGGAGGAUCGGGCCAAGAAGGGCUUGGGCUGGGACGAGAUCCGAGACACGACUUUAGUCGUCCUUCUCCUCGCCGUCUUCAUCGUCAUAGGCAUUCGUUCUUGAUCGCGGGAGAAGGGGAGGGGAGCAGCCCCCCAGCCGCACCCCAGAAAACGGCCUUUCCCGUCUUGAACCCUUCGCUUUCCACAGUCUACCUCUGCUGGGGUCCGAAGGCACCGCUCUCCCCCUUCGCUUCCCCGCUCGCCCAGCUUAGCCUUUGACCCGCACCUCCUCUUCCCUGCGGUGCAGAAAAAGGAGGCUUUUCGGUGCCCGAGAAGGCGACCCCUAUACGGACAGCCCUGAAGGCCUGAGAGUGAAGAGUUUCCUGGAGUCCCCUGGGUGCCUGCUUCCAGGGGUUGCCUUCCGGAGGUUGUCAACUUCUGAAACACUUGGCUCUGGCUUUAUUGUCGAGCUCUGAGCAGAGAAUUGUCUGCUCCGGCCCCGUGUUUGUGCUAUGGAGCUCUGUAACCUUGAAACGUGCAAUGUGGCCAGUUGUUAGCGGCCAAAAGAAAAAUUCUGAGGUGUGCAA